AUGGCUGCGUACGGCGGAUACCAAAAAACAUCAUACGGCGCCCAGGGAGGCGACGACGCCGGCGGCUUCGUCUACGGCGGCUCGCAGCAGAACAGCCAGGGCGGCGGCGGCGGCAAGGCGUACAGCGAAGAAUCCCUCCGCCCCGUCACGAUCAAGCAGAUCAUCGACGCAGAGGAAGCCUACCCCGGCGCCGACUUCAAAAUCGACGGAGCAACCGUCACACAAGUAACCUUCGUCGCCCAGAUCCGCCAAAUCUCCCCGCAACCAACAAACAUCACCCUCAAGCUCGACGACGGCACGGGUCUCAUCGAGGCCAAGAAGUGGGUCGACACGGACAAGAAGGACGACGACGCCGCCGGCCUCGACCUCGAGGGCCACGUCCGCGUCUGGGGCCGCAUCAAGUCCUUCAACGGCAAGCGCCACGUCGGCGCCCACUUCAUCCGCCCCGUCACCGACUUCAACGAGGUCAACUACCACCUCCUCGAGUCCACCUACGUCCACCUCUACUUCACCAAGGGUCCCCUCGGUGCUAACGGCGCCGCUAACGGCGCUGGCGGCGGCGACGGCAUGUUCGUCGACGGCAACGACAACUACGGGAACGAUGGCGGUGCCGGCGGUGCUGGUGCCGGUGGCGGGUCUGCGCACGCGGGCAAGCUGAGGGUUUGCUCCGUCGCCGCGCAAAAGAUGUUCAACUUCAUCAACAACGCGCCCGGCGGCAACGAGGGCGUGCAUAUCAACCAGAUUUCGACGGGUGCGGGCCUGAGCAUACGCGACGUCAUGGGUGCCGCGGACGAGCUGCUGGGCCAGGGUCUGAUUUACACCACCAUCGACGACGAGACGUGGGCUAUCCUCGAUUACUGA